CCGCAGCCACGCAUCUUUCAGUUGUUUCCGAUCGAAAUGAGGUGAUUCCACAAAUUCCCACACUUUUUCGCGAUUUUUUUCCAACGAAAUUCUAUCUUACGGAAAGAGAUUUGACCUAGUGCCAGCAACGAGCGAUUUCGGUAGAGCUGCAGCAUCCAACCGAGGCAAAAACUAUCUCGUUAGCUUUACAAUGGUAUAAUUAACUUAAGAUGAAAAUUGCAAUGGUGCACUUCCAGAGCGUUUAGGGGGAAAUUAGCCUGAUGGAAAGCGGAAUGAUGGCGCUGGGACGAGAUGGGUUAUUAUCUGAUAAGAGACGAGGAUUACACGGAUAAAAGUAAUUGCUCAAGAGCCGCCAAUCAUUUUUCUAAUCUGGGAUCGAGUAAAUAACACCUUUAACACCUAAUUCUGUCUUCUAAUCAAAAUUCGUGCGUUUAGAAUCUGUUUUACAUAAUAAUUAUAAUAAUUAGGGCACGGUUUGAUAAUCUCAGGCAAAAUUAGGAUUUGUUGCGAGAUCACUCACACAAAUAAAUGGGUCCAACUUUGACCAUAUAAUAAACUAUUCUUAUGGCUGUAAUAACUCAUCAUUAUCUUGGUUAAGGAAGGACAACAAACAUAGGAUAAGCCUCCGAAAGAACGUUAGUUAUGGGUCCAGCUUCUCGAACGAAGUUUUAUCAAAAUACUAGUCAUUUAAUUAAUUAAUCGGUUUUCAAAUUUUUCACCUAACGCAUCAAUUCUGAAGUGUGAACUGUCUAAGGACUUUAACGAUUUGCGGUGGUAAUAAAUUUUUCGCUAGGUAAAUAGACUUUGUCAGUGAAAGACGUCGUGGCCGCCAUUUUGCACACAAUGACAAAGCUUGAAAGCUCCGUUUUCUCUAUUAAAAAGUCUUGGCAUUUGAAAUAAAUAUUUCAGCGGCACGUGUGCGUUGAAAUAAAUUUCGUUUUUGAAAACCAUCCACAUAACUGUUUAUGUAAUGGCUCCAUUAUUAUUCACAAGGUUUAUAGUUGAUUAAGUUAGCAAUGUAAUUCUGUGGGACGUGUUUUACAUCAAUAUUUUAUCUAUUUUAUCUGUAUACUUGCGUAAACAAAACAUGUUUCUCCUUACCUAUAUCUUGGCGAAUAAUCGUAAUAAUUCCGGAAGCCGUCCGCUGAUCGUUUAUUUGAAGAAUCUGUGUUGUAUAGUCACUUAAAAAUAAAUAAAUCUCGGAAUGAGAACCAUGCCGAAACAUAAAAUUAAUUAUAAUUGUUUAUGGCGUUCUAAUGUUAUGUAGAUUGGUUUUAUUGCAACAUAAAAUUAGUACUUAAGCAGGAAAAAGUAUCAAAUUAUAAAAUUAUCACUCAGGAAUGACUUAUCUUUGGUAUAAAACACGUAGAACAAACCUACCGGCUAUUAUAGUAGCUAUUAUGUGCUCGUAAAAAUACAAUAAACUUUCGUUCGGCCAAAUUCAUCCUUAUGUCGAGAAGUGUUUGGAAAGUGUCAAGUUCGGCACUUUCAAUAUGCAAGGAGGUAAGACAGCAAUAAAAGUUGAUUUUAUUACGAUUUGAGUGAUCGUAAAUGUCACCUACGACCAUGGCAAAAUUAUGACACCGCCACUCCAUAAAGUGCCAGGAGCGUGCCAAUGCCGUAAAAUUUUUACUACUGGUUUGUGUAAACUGUAAUAAUCUGGCCUUUUUCCGUCCCCGCCCUCGGAACCUCAACCAUUCAGUAACGACAAGAGGAUAAGAGCAAAAGGGAUUUAUUUAAACACCCGGACGGGCUUUUUCCUAUUUUGUUAUUGACGACUCAUUGUAGUAUAUACUACCUAUUAUCAGGAUAACAUUAAAUUAUUAUUGGUUGUUAAUAAUUUUACUGUUUACUGAAUAGAAAUUUAUUACAUUAUUAUUUGUUUUUAUUUGUUUGAAGAAAAUAUUUAUACAUACCUAGAUCCUAGAUCUACUAUUGUUGGGAGAUUUUUGUAGUUAGAAUAAUUCCAGUAGAGACACUUCUAUAAUUUUUUUGAACUAAUUAAUCCGUUUGGAAUGGGGUACGAGUAUUUUUCGAUGAGAUUUGAUUUGGAUUAGGUAUGUGCACGAAGAAAAAACGGUCCAAAAUAAUUUAGUUUUAUUAGUUUGAAUGUUUUUCGGGCAGUAAAAUUUACAAAAGCACAUUCAUUCAAAUGCAAUUUAAGUUUAUUGUAUUUUGGGAACACAGAAAAGUAGGUACAUUAAGGUAGUAUAUUAAAACCCUUACUCGAAAAUGAGCAACAAUUAACUUUAGCUUUGGUUUUUAUACCGACAUGGUACAGUGUAAGAUGAAGUCAAAAAAGCGAGAAUGUUUUAAUAGGUACCUGAAGCAGUAACAAAGGGCUGAAUGCAUACCGCUCUUUAUACAGCCUAAAAACAUUUAAAAAAAUGGAGUGUUUCUUUGAUUUUAACUUGUUUAGCGGUUGGAGUCUGAUUUGUUGCCUAAAAAAUCAAGUGCGAUGAAAAGUUACAGAACAAGAUCUUAUCUACCCGUCGUCAAUAAAUCUUACUGUUUUAGUUGAAUAUUAAUAUAAAAUUACGUACUGUUUUUAGAAAUUGUGAAUUUAAUUGUUUUAACAAACCAAAUAGACAUUAAAAUUGUGAUGCAGAAUGCAAAAAAAUAAUAAAUAAAAUAAGCUUUCCUUUUUGUACUUUAACGGUGAAUAUAUUGAGGGUUUGGCAGCGGAAUCAGAGUAUUUUAAAUGUAGCGUUUACUUUUCGAUGAUUUUGUUUAUAUUGGUGGUGUGAUGGUCGUUUUAUCUUUUAUUGGCAAUUGAUGUUGCUCGUUUCGGCAAGAGUGUCGUUUUGAAAGGUUGAGCAAUUGUCCGAGAGCUGGCGCCACGCGCCUCCCCUCUUCGUCUCGUUGGGGGCCACUUGCGCAAUGCUUGAAGGCUGUGACGAAUUCAAUUGCUAUUGGUUCAUGUAUGAUCCCUUCCAUUAGAGCGUCUUCGUGUAGAAGCACGUGCUCUAGGGGUUAUUACGGCCUUCGCGACCCUUCUGGAGGAAACCUAGCCUUUGGAGAAGCCGGUCAGGCGCUAAUUAGGUGCGACCGUGUCCGAUCGGCCGACAAUACAGGUAGCUGCAAUAAUGAGCCGCGUGCUCGUCCGGAGUGGGGGGAGAGGGGAGCGAUGGGCCGGGAUGUGUGGGCCGGAGCAGACUCCGGAGCUCCAGUGGGUUCCCAUCCGCGAGCAAAGUAGCCAACGUGUGCAUUCCGGAGCGAGCUGCUGUGUGGUGUGCUCGUGCGAGCUCUUAUCACCUUAUCACUCUCGCUAAUAACAAUAAUAAUAAUCGUGUGACUGUCAUGUCCGGUUCCGGUGUCGAGUGACUUGUGCCGCCCCCAGCAUGAACUCUUACUUCGAGCAGAGCGGCUUCUACGGCAGCCACCACCACCAGAGCGGGUCGGUGGCGGGCCACCACCACGAGCAGUCGGCGGCGGCGGCGGCGGCCUACCGCUCCUUCCCGCUGUCGCUCGGCAUGUCCCCGUACGCCUCCAGCCAGCACCACCACCACCACCUGCAGGCGCGGCCCCCGCAGGACUCGCCGUACGACGCCUCGGUGGCGGCCGCCUGCAAGCUCUACUCCUCCGAGGGCCAGCAGAACUCCAACUACUCCUCCAACUCGAAGCCGGACUGCUCCAAAGGCAACGCCGACCAGAACGGAUACGCCUCGGUGGUGGCGGCGGCCGCGGUCAAGGACGUUUGGCAAAGUGCGACUUCUGGCGGUGGCGCUAAUCUCACGAACAGUUUGACGGGGCCGGUCAGGCCGGCGGCAUGCACGCCGGACUCCAGGGUUGGCUACGGGUCGGUCGGGCUCGUCGGCGGAGAUCCGGCCUCGAGUCCGGGGGCGGCCGCAGGACGGACGGGCAACUCGCUCUCGUGGAAUAACCCCUGCAGUAUCAACUCGACCUCUUCGCAGCCCGUUGGCACGCAGAUACACCAGCAGACCAACCACACGUUUUACCCCUGGAUGGCCAUUGCAGGUGAGGAGUGUAGCGUGUUUGGAAGUUUAUCGCUAGACACCCCGUUAACUGAUUCUAUGACUUUCGGAGCGAAUGGUCUCCGAAGGCGAGGCCGACAGACGUAUACCCGGUACCAGACGCUGGAGCUGGAAAAAGAGUUCCACACAAACCAUUACCUGACACGGCGGCGGCGGAUCGAAAUGGCUCACGCACUGUGUCUUACCGAACGACAGAUAAAAAUCUGGUUUCAGAAUCGUCGCAUGAAACUCAAGAAAGAGAUCCAAGCGAUCAAAGAACUCAACGAGCAAGAAAAACAAGCACAGGCUCAAAAAGCGGCGGCGGCAGCUGCAGCCGUCGCCGCACAAGUGGACCCGAAUUAGUGGAUUACUUCGGUGCUGUUGGCGGAUCAGCAUAACUCUUAAAACAAGAGUCCUGACACACGGCAUGCCUCAGGCCUUCGACCGGGAAGUUGUCGCCAACCACCGGCCUCAUCGACUAAAUCGGACCAUUGAGAACUGCUCCUACGCCAAACUGAUGGACUUGUGACAUGUGUAUACUUUAGUGGUUAGUGUAUUUAUAAUCCAAAGUAAUUGAAUGUUACAGUGACGAUAUUUUUUCGUUUUGGGAGAACUGGAGAGAUGUGCGAUCGCAACUAUAUACGUAAUUGGGUUUAUGUGCCAUAAUUCUGAGGAAACUUAACGAUAUACGUAAAUUAUAAUCCUAGUAGAUGUAAGUCUAAAUUGUAAUUAAGUGACUGAGUAUUUUUUCUAUUAGGAUGUUUCUGUACAUAAGGUUUCGGUAGUCGUGGUCAUCAAGCGCCACAAAAAUCGCAAAAUUGUUCAAAACCAGUCAUGAAAUGUUUUUGUGGUCUUGAGCCUGUUUGUCCACUCAAAACAUUGCAAUUUAUUAUGGAUCUCUAUUUUUUUGUUACUUUACAAUUAUAAAUAUAAGCAUAAUUACUGUGUAAACUGUAAGGAAAUUUUCGAAUGGCUGCUGCAGUUUAUCGAUGUUGUCGAAUAUUACGAUGCUAUUUAUGCCCAGUCACAUUGGAAAAUUGCGAAUUGUAUAUAAUACAAGACGAUUUCUUUGCUAUUUUUAUAGAGCACCGCUUGUACUAAUUUAUGAAAUUUUACUUUGUGUAACAUAAUGUACAUAUGAAAUUUUUAAAACGAACCUCUUUUAAGAAUUUAUGCCUCCUGUGCGUACGUACCUAAAAUAGUGCUUAAGGGAAAAUAUUUUAAGACGUGUUUUUUUAGUUUAAUUGUUUGAAACGAAAGUACAAGAAAUGUAUACGUAAAUGUACUAAUUAUACAGAGGAACUCUGUACCUUGCAACCAGUGUGUUUGGGCUGAGCUACAUCUUCGUAAUCCUAAAACUUUGUACAUAAGCUGUAAAAUUUCAUAGGGUAAGGAUAAAAUGUAUACUGUUCAUCUAGAGUAUUGUUUGUUUUUCUUUCUCGUUUUUAUCGACAUUUUGUUGCUUAUUUGUUGCUCAAAGAUUCCUUUUCCAUGUAAUAUACGCUCCUUACCUUCUCUGUCGUCUAUGUGUGACUGUAAUUUAUUUUAAUAAAAGUCAUGUUCUAA